AUGUACUAUUUACAAAGCCUUUUAAAAGACGAUAUUCGACAUAUGAACAUGUCAACAUCUGCAAUCAACAUGCCUACAUCGGCCACCAGCGCAAAUAUGGGCGUAGAUCUUAAACCAACUGGAGAAGCUUCUGCAAAGCCCAAGUUUCUGGAAAAGCCGUGCUGCGUAUGUAAAGAUGAGAAAGCUGCCCGAGACGAAUGUAUGCUAUUUAGCACGGCCAAGGAUCCGCAAGUAGCCUGCGCAAGUAUGGUGGAAAAAUAUAAGAGUUGUAUGGCUGGUUUUGGGUUCAAUUUGCCAUGA